AUGUCCCUAAGAGCUGACGCAGCCCCAUGUGGAGGGGUGGUGGUGGACUUUGAGUCUGAUGACAUCCGAGAGGCACGCAAAAAGAAGGCCAGGAGUAUACCAGGGUCAGCGCUUAUCUACCUCAGGGGCCCCAAAUUUCUGAUCUAUGUCAGUGGAGCUCUGUCGAUGUGGGGUGAUCGUAUGUGGCACUUUGCUAUUUCUGUCUUCCUUAUUGAACUGUAUGGACGAAACCUGCUACUGACUGCCGUGUUUGGCUUGGUAGUUGCUGGUUCGGUGCUGCUACUAGGAGCUAUGAUUGGGGAUUGGGUCGAUCGCAACCCAAGGAAUAAGGUGGCCCAUGCAUCGCUCUUCAUUCAGAACAUCUCAGUGACCGUGUGCAGCAUUGUGCUCAUGCUGGUGUUCUCGUACAAAAAGUGGAUCGAGCAAAUUUGGGAUGGCUGGCUAACUGUAGUUUGUUAUACGGUGGUGAUCAUCCUGGCAGAUGUGGCUAAUUUAGCAAGCACAGCCCUGACCAUUGCUAUCCAAAGGGACUGGAUUGUGGUCAUCACUGGUUACAACCGUGGACACCUUGCUGGUAUGAAUGCUACCAUGCGACGAAUAGACCAAGUGACCAACAUACUGGCCCCACUUGCUGUGGGGCAAGUCAUGACCCUGGCAUCUAAUGUGGUUGGCUGCGGAUUUAUCUUGGGCUGGAACCUCGUGUCUCUGAUAGUCGAAUUCAUCUUCCUCUCUCGAGUGUACCGCAUCGUCCCAGAACUCUCCGUCAAACCUCCAGCGGUGGAGGAGGAUGACCAGAACUGCUUGGAGGGGAGGGCAGACAGGACAAACUCCACAGGUCAGCAGGCCAAUAUGACUUCCCUUGUUGUGUUAAGACGCUGCAGCAUCAGCCUCCGCCUGAAGGAGAUCACCAACCUGCCCCUGUGCUUCCGCAAGUUCCAGUGGUUCCUGAGCACCUGCAAAGAGGGCUGGAAAGCCUACUACCGCCAGCCUGUGUUUCUGGCUGGCAUGGGCCUGGCGUUCCUCUACACCACCGUGCUAGGCUUUGACUGCAUCACUACAGGCUACGCCUACACCCAGGGCAUCAGCGGCUCGCUGCUCAGCCUCCUCAUGGGCGUGUCGGCCAUCACGGGUCUGAUGGGCACCAUCAUGUUCACCAAGCUGCGCAAGCUCUACGGCCUUGUCAACACCGGGAUCAUCUCCAGCUGCCUGCACUUGGGCUGCUUGCUUCUCUGCGUGUGCUCAGUGUUCGCCCCCGGCAGCCCCAUGGAUCUCAGCUUGCUGAUGCCUAUCACGGAGUCAGCCAACGGUUCAGAGUCCAGCAACAUGGCAAGGCAGAGACAGAAGCACACCUAUCCACUUCAGGGCGGCAGCAACCAGCCUCUGCUGCCUGACCGCUCCUCCAUUCACUGGACUAACACCACCGUGUUGUUUGAAAACAUGCCGUCAGGAAACACCCCCGAGAGCUAUGUCUCCAUCAUCUUGCUGUUCCUGGGUGUCAUCACGGCACGAAUUGGCCUCUGGUCCUUCGACCUAACCGUGACCCAGCUUCUUCAGGAAAACAUUUGUGAGUCAGAACGUGGCGUGGUCAAUGGCGUCCAGAGCUCAAUGAAUUACCUAAUGGAUCUGCUGCACUUCAUCAUGGUCAUCUCUGCUCCACAACCACAGCACUUCGGCAUCCUUGUCAUUAUCUCUGUUUUAUUCAUUACCACAGGACAUGCUAUGUACUUCCUCUAUGCUCGAAAGGCAAAGAGAAAACAGCAUCCGAACACAUAAAAAUACCCCACCGAGCAUGCAUUUUCCGUGUGCUAUAAAAGUCUGUGUGAUGCCCACAACAUGAAUGUCCCACCAUGCGCUCUGCAAUCAGUCUGCAUUUGCAGUGCA